CCUACAAAUCUCUUCGUCUCAAACCCCUACAAAUCUCUUUUCGUCUCCAUCUCUCUCUCUCUCUCUCUCUCUCUCUCUCUCUCUCUCUCUCUCUCUCUCUGUUUAUUUUUCCCAUGUUUUAAAAUCUCCAAACAUGGCGGCUAAGAUUCUGGUUAGCAACUUUGGCCUUCUCUUAAGGCGAUCAUACUCGGCUGCGGCUGAGAUUAAUGCAAGAAUGGCACAGCCGGUGGCAUCGAUGAUGAAGAAGACGACCGGUGAAGUUUCCGGUGAGACAGCGGCAGCCGAUGAGUCAAAGAAAUAUUUCUGGAUGAGAGAUCCAAAGACGGGCAACUGGAUUCCUGAGAGUCACUUCAAUGAAGUUGAUGUUGCAGAUUUAAGAGAAAAGUUUCUCUCCAAGAACUCACGGGAUACUUCCAAAAAAGUCUCAUAAUUCAAAAUCUAAUUCUUUUUUGAAAAGAAAAAAGAUAGCUUUGAUGUAUUAUAAACAGUCACUGUUUGGGUUCUUCUUUCUUUAUUACGUUCAAUG